AUGAUAUCAACAUAUUCAUUAAAUGGUUGCGACAAUGACACAAGUGUUCAAGACACGCUGUAUCGUUAUUGCCAAGAAAACAAUUUAGAAGAACUUCGAAACAUUUUACCAUUUCUUCGUAAUGCAUCUGUCAUUAACGAAAUCCAUACCGCAACAGGUUCCACGUGUUUGCAUGUUGCAUGCUAUCGUGGACAUAAAGAUGUAGUAGAAAUUCUAUUACAACAUGGAGCUUCGUCUUCGAUCAGAAAUACACGACAUUAUUUAACACCUUACGAAGAAGCCGGUACAGAGGAUAUCAAACAAUUAUUGAUCAAGUAUGAAAGAUUAUUUUCAAGUUCCACUCGUUAUUAUAUUGAAUGGUCAAUGGUAGGCGAUGAUCUUCUCAGUAAACGUCGCCAAUUUCGCGAAAUAAUUGAUUUAUAUAAAGCCUAUAAUAAUCGUCACUUAAUAUCCAAACUAUUAACUGAAGUGAUUCAUUAUUAUUUGAAUGACUAUCUACUGAAUGAAAUUAAUCAAGCUGAAAGCACUAAGUCGGAAAUUAUCCGUCAACAGAUAGAAACAGUCCAAACGUAUUUUCAAGAAGCAAUUAAUAAACAUGACUAUUUAACAUAUUUUAUAAAAGCUUACACAUUAACAACUUGUUUUUAUCAAAAACUAAAUGAACAUUUAGCUAUGUAUAUAUUAGAAUAUUUCGAUGAAACAGGACGAUCAUCAUCAAAUUAUCGUCUCGUGAAUUGUCUUGUUCAUAUUGUUACACUGCUAAUUUAUCAUCCAAACUUACCGCUAUAUCAGUUUCAAGGUGUUUGCUAUCGUGGUAUGAGAAUAACACAAAAGGAUUUAGAUCAAUAUCAAUUAGGUCAGCAUAUACUAAAUCGUUCGUUUUUAUCAACGUCCGCUUAUCGUUCAGUAGCAGAAAUGUUUGCUGGUGAAGGUCAACAGAGUUGCAUGAGGCGUAGUUAUCAAGAUCACCGUUCUUUGCAAUAUUCUUGUAUAUGCAAAUAUGAAAUAAAACAAGAGUCAACAGCUAUUAAUAUAGAAAAUUUAUCGACAAGACCAGAUGAAAAAGAAGUUUUAAUUAUUCCAUUUAGUGUUUUUGAAGUAACAAAUAUUAAAAUAAAUCCCCUUGAUCCACCAAGUAAAAUUUCAGUUGAAAUUGAAUUAAAAGAAUGUGAGGAUAUAAAUAAAUCUGGCAAGUUCCAAAAAUGUACAAUUCAUACAUAUCUUCUAUAUAGUAUCACUGGAUUAUUACUGCUAUUAGCUUUCAUUUUGGCUUUCAAUAUUAAAAUAAAUAUCAAUGCAAAUAUGGCAACUCCUAAAAUGCAAAUAGAUGAUGAUGUCGAUUAUCCAGUAGGUCCAGAUUGUCCAAAUAUAUUAAAUCGAUCUAUGUGGAAUGCAAGACCAUUUUUAAGUCGUGACUACUUACAACUAUUACCGGUUACACAUAUUGUAAUAAGACGCAUGGGAGUUUCGAAUUCAUCAAUGAAUAAAUUAGAUUGUGCUAAACAAAUAAAAAAAUGUCAAGCGUAUCAUAUGGACACAUUAGGCUGGUUUGAUAUUGGUUUUAAUUUUAUUAUAUGUGGUGCUGAUGGUCAAAAACAAAUUUAUAAAGGUAGAGGAUGGAAAUAUAUUGGUGCACAUUGUAAAGGUUACAAUGCCAGAUCAUUGGGUAUUGUUGUCAUGGGUAAUCAGGCCAAUAGGGAGUCAUGCAAAAUAAUUAAAUCAAUAAUUCAAUGUGGUAUUACACAGAAUAACAUUAUGAAAAAUUUCACAUUAGUUGGAGAUUUAAAAGAAACAAAUAUUCAUAACUAUUAUUUGAACUAUUUUAUCAAUGAUCCUGAUAUUCAUUAUGCUAACGUAUCCAUGAAUAAAAAAACUUUUUGCCAAUAA